GCCAUCGACAGCACAGUAGCCAUCAACGGACAAUCUUUGUCAGUGCAUCUCUAGGACAGGCUAUAAUCAGAGUCUCGAGAGGUCAUCUAGUUGAUCAUCUCUCGUAUCUCUGGCCUCACGCAGACGACUGUCAAGAUGCCUCCACCACCCCAUAUCCGGCCUGAGAAUGUGCUCAGACGAGCACAAGAGCUCAUUGCCGUCGACCAAACACAAGCCGCACUCAAUGUCCUUCACGAACAUGUCACCUCAAAGCGAUCCCGAAACAGCCCCAUCGCCUCCUUGGAGCCGGUUAUGCUCCUUUUCGUCGAGUUAUGCGUCGAUUUGCGAAAAGGGAAAGCUGCAAAGGACGGACUCUACCAAUACAAGAACAUCGCGCAAAACACUAAUGUCGGAACGAUUGAGUUGGUUUUGAAGAAAUUUAUCGAACUCGCCGAACAAAAAGUACAAGACGCGCAGGCGAAGGCCGAUCAGGUUCAGUCCAGCCUUGAGAAUACCGCAACUUCUACAAACCUCAACAUUGAAGAUCUCGAGGCCACCGAAACCCCUGAAACUAUCCUCCUUGCCACUGUAUCUGGAGAACAGUCCAAAGAUCGGACAGACCGCGCCAUCGUCACGCCAUGGCUCAAGUUCUUGUGGGAAACGUAUCGCACUGUCUUGGAAAUAUUGAAGAACAACGCUCGCUUGGAAGUCAUGUACCAGAGUACCGCUCAUCAAGCCUUCGAUUUCUGCCUCAAAUACACUCGAAAGACCGAAUUCCGCCGUCUUUGCGAACUCCUUCGAAAUCACGUCCAGAAUGCGGCAAAAUACUCUUCUCAGAUGCACGCCAUCAACCUUAACGAGCCCGAUACUCUCCAGCGCCAUCUUGAAACACGUUUUCGGCAAUUGAACGUAGCGGAUGAACUCGAAUUAUGGCAAGAGGCCUUCCGAAGUGUCGAGGACAUCCACAUGCUGUUGACCUUGUCUAAGCGGCCUGCAAAGAAUGUCAUGAUGGCAAACUACUAUGAGAAGCUCACCAAGAUCUUCCUUGUCAGCGACAACUUCCUCUUCCAUGCUGCUGCCUGGAACAAGUACUUCAACCUCCUUCGACAAUCUUCGACAGCGAUGGCCUCAGGACAGGCUGUCAAGCGUGACAACCCUGUUGUCACCGAUGAAUCCUUGACAAAGGCUGCUUCUUUUGUACUGCUCUCUGCUCUUGCGAUCCCAGUCAUUAGCACUUCACGCUCACGCGGCGCUCUUGUCGAUGUGGAUGAGGCACGAAAGAACAAGAACAACAGAUUGACAAAUCUUCUUAGUAUGCCUUUUGCUCCGACAAGAGCUGCUCUUUUCAGAGAUGCUUUGAGCAAGGGCUUACUCAAGAGAGUCCGGCCGGAGAUCAGAGACCUCUAUAAUAUUCUAGAGGUUGAUUUCCACCCCUUGUCAAUCUGCAAGAAGAUAUCCCCCAUCCUCUCGAAGAUUGGCGCUGAUCCCGAGAUGGAGAAAUAUGUGCUUCCUUUGCAACAAGUCAUCCUUACCCGACUUUUCCAACAACUUUCACAGGUGUACGAGUCCGUAGAGUUGAGCUUCGUCAAUCAGCUCGCUCAAUUCCCUGCACCAUUCGAAGUCACCCCUGCCAUGAUUGAGAAGUUCAUCAUGAAUGGUUGCAAGAAGGGCGACUUGUCCAUCCGUCUUGACCACGUCUCCGGUAUUCUAGCAUUCGAUUCUGAUGUCUUCUCUUCCGCAAAGGCACUCCACGCCGGCAGCGCAGCUGGAUCCGCAGAAAGUGAGACUGGGUCCGUCCAGCGACUGCAGAAUACCCCUGCUGAAAUUGCUCGAUCGCAACUGACACGUCUUGCAAAGACGUUGCACAUCACGUGCAUGUAUGUCGAUCCCUCAUACAAUCAAGCUCGUCUGGCUGCGCGGGAAUCUGCCCUGGCUCGUGCCGAGGCUGGCGCACAAGAAGAGCACGAAGCAACCCUGGAGAGACGCGUCAUAAUUGAGAAGAGGAAAGAAGAGGCCUCCGAGGCGUUCUCAAAGAAGCAGCGAGAAGAAGAAACCCGACGCCGAAUCCGCGCACAGCAGCAGGCCGAGGCAGAAGCACAGCGACUUCGCGAAGAAACAAAGGCACGUGAGCUUAAGCGCGUUAAGGACGAGCAGGCUCGCAUUCGCCGACAAGAAAUAGAGAAGCAGUUGCAAGAGCUCAAGACCGGUAUGGAUAUCGACCUCGAAGGUGUCGACAUUGACAACCUGGACUCAAACCGUAUCCGAAUGAUGAAGCUGGAGCAGCUGGAGCAGAAGAAAACCGACAAGGACAAGCGUAUUGCGAUUACUGCCAAGCGCAUUGACCAUCUCGAGCGUGCAUUCCGUCGCGAAGAACUGAAAUAUCAAGCUCAAGACUAUGAGAAGCAGCGGGAAGAGGACUUGAAGAUCUACGAGCAGACCAAAGAAGAGACUCUGAAAGAAGCUCAAGAAAAGCACAAACAAGGCUUGGCAUUGAAGCAUCGUCUCGCUCGGCUCGUCAAGCACUACGACUCGUUCAAGGGUCAGAUCACCGAGCGUCGUUCCGCCGAAUUCGAAAGACUGCGUAAGAAGGCCGAGCGCGAAUUUGAGGAAGAGAAGCGGAAGCGUAUCAGGGCUGUCCAGGAGAGGAAGAUCCAAGAGCGACAGGAGCAAGAAGAAGAAGAGCGCCGCAUCCGCGAGGAAGAAGAACGCAGAGAGCGUGAAGAAGAGGAGAAGGCGAAGGUCGAAGAAGAGAAGAAGAGAGUCGCUGCCGAACGACGAGCCAGGCUUGAGGCUGACCGUCUGGAGCGUGAAGAAGCUGCACGCAAACAAAUGCAACGAGAGGAAGAAGCUGCCGCCAGGCGAGCGGCGCGCAAAGGUCCCGAGGCCGAGAAACCUGCGCCUUUCGCUCGUCCACGGGAAGCUGUUCCCCCGGAGACCCCAACAGAGUCGCAAGAAGUUCGCGCUGCUCCUCCUCGGCUCAACCUUGCAGGCAAGGCCGGUGGCAGCUGGCGCGAGCGAGAAGCAGCCAAGCAAGCGGCCGCGGCCGCUGGUCAAGCACCACCUGCGGAAUCUGCUCAAGUGCCAACUCCGGAACCUGCGCCAGCCCAACCAGCCCGAAGUGGCUAUGUGCCUCCUCACCUGCGUCGAGGCGGUGCUCCCCCGAGCGGCGAACAGCCACCCGCCCGCGAUCUGCCUAUGCGCGGUUCAUCAUCCUCGCCCGCCAACGGGCCCCCCGAGCGCAAGUAUGUCCCUACCCAUAUGAGAGAAGGCGGACGCAGCCUGUCUCGAGAAGGCACUGGAUCUCCUACACAUGCGAACAGCGAAGAAUCUCCUGCUACCGCGCCCAGGAAGCCGGCCACUGGUGGAAGGUACGUGCCUCCGAGCAUGCGAAACCGUCAGUAAAUGCGCUGGACCUUGUCAGGUGCCGGGGAAGGUAGCUUGGGAUCUUUCGCUCUCUUGCAGAAAACGAUCAUGUGUAUUUUAGUCUCACAAAAAUUUGUUGCGCUGUCCUUAGUAUCAGAUUGCCAAUGGCAUAGCGGAGCACAAUGGCGCAUGGCCAAAGUCAAUAGAAUGAAUGGGCGUAAAGACAAAA